UUGUAACGUCAAGUGUGCUAACUGUCGUGAAAGCACAUCGACGGAGAAACAAGUGAGCAAGACGCUAAUAAGUCAGUCUUAUUAUUUGUUCUCCAGUUUGAAAUAUUUACGGCGUAUGAAAAUACAUAUUUGAUUCAUUAUUUUUAAGGAUAAAGUCGUCUCGAUGCGCUAGAAGCACUGUGCCGCUUCUCGUGCUAUCUUUGCUUGUUAGUUAGCUUAGCUCACUAGUUAGCUUAGCUUGUUAGCUGCUAACAGAAGACACAGAAGUUAUCAACACAUCGCUAAGUAGAGAUCAAGUGUGAGAGUAAAGUGUUGUGAUUGUGUGAAAAUGUGUAAAUUACAAAUGUUGAGAGCGUUGGUGGAUCAGCGACUAACUGCUGCCGUUGAAGAAAUAUUUGUAGUGUUAGAAAGAACGAUAGCAGAAUACGAGGCGGAACUUUCUAGAACAAAAGAGGACAACAAUAAACUACUCGACGCUGUUUUCAAGAAACAUCAAGUUGUGGUAUACAGAACAGACGUCGAAGAAGAACCUCUACAUCAUGAGCAGGAGGAGGAACCACAGUCCCCCAACAUACAUGAGGAAGAAGAGGUACCACAUUCCCAACACAUUAUUGAGGGAGGGGAGGAGCCACAGUCCCCCGACAUUAAAGAGAAAGACGAGAAGCCACAGACCCAUAGUGUUAAACUGACCCUUCACAUUAAAGGGCAAGCGGAAGACCCACUCGUCUUACACAUCAAAAAUGAAGAGGAGGACCCACUGCCCCCCUACUUUAAAGUGGAAGAGGAGGAUCAACGCAUCAGUCAGCCUAAAUGGUUGGAGGAGUUCCCAGUGACUGGUGUCCCUGUGAAGAGUGAAUGUGAGGAGAAGACAGAGGCGGAGCCUCUAAGCAGCAGCUCAACACAACACAUGACAACAGCAGCUGAUGGAGACCACUGUGGAGGAUCACAAGCAGACAAGCUCUUAGCUCCACUAUCAGAUAGUGAGGACACAACGUCACACUCUCCUGACACUGAUGAUGAAGACUCUAAAGAUGAUAAGACAUGUCACACUGACAACACUCACCUGAAAUGUUCUCACUGUCACAAAACCUUUAAAUACCAUAGUCAUCUGAAAAUACACAUGAGAACACACACUGGAGAAAAACCUUUUUCCUGUUCAACCUGUGGUAAAGGUUUUACACAAAGUCAAUAUUUGAAAGUACACACCAGAACGCACACUGGUGAAAAAUCCCAUUCCUGUUCAAUCUGCAACAGAAGCUUUUGUAAGCGAUCAAACCUUGUAGCACACAUGAGAACACACACAGGAGAGAAAGUGUUGAGUUGCAGUGUGUGUGGUGAAAGAUUCUCUUAUAAGUACCAGUGUAAGAAACACAAGUGUGCUGGUGAGAACAGCAGCAGCAAAUGAAACUGCAGGAUUUGAAAAUACUUUAAUUUUGACUUUCUAACAACAUCAGCACAUAUAACAUGUGUGACAUUGUUGUUUGUGUAACAAUCUUUUUAAUAUGCUUCUACAUUUAAAGAUUACAUAUUUUAUAUUAGUGCUUUUUUUCAGUCAAGUACAUGCAUUAAUAUGCAAUCAAAGUUUGGUGUGUCAGGCAAAAGCCAAUAUUGUACAUCAUCCCACAGAGAUUUACUUUGCAUACAUUCAUAAAAUAAACUGUUUAUUUUGUUUCCCUAUCACAGAACGAACAAGUGUUGUCUUCAAUUGCAAAACAAUAUCCUAAAAAAUAUUUUAAGUGGUCAAUUCCGGGUUGUUUUUUCUUAAAUGAACUCCUCGGUGUUUGGAGGAAUGGAAACUUUCUAGUUAUGAGUAUUUUUUUGUUCCAGAGAAAAUACAGUGAACAAGAAAUAGUAAAGAAUUAAAAAAAGAUGGUAUGCUGUAAUUCAAAUAUUUUGAAUGAAAGCCUUUUUAAAUUUUGUAAUUAUUUUUAUUUGCAGGUCCUACUUUACAAUGAAAUCUUCAAAUAAUAAAAUAACUUAUCACUUAAGCGCAUCAGCGACCAAAAGCCUUUUUCAAACC